AUGACUGGCUUCAACAUCCGCAACCAGUCCAACGUCGUCGGCCUCCAGGUUUUCGUCUCCAAGUACACCAACGAGAACGGGAACGACAAAUGGUACCAGGUCCCAAACGACUUCACCAGCGCCGGUCAGUACCACUGGAACCGCAAUGGCUGGGAGGUCGUCGCUUUCAAGGACCCCGAGACGGGAGUCAGGCGCGGAUGGUACUUGAACUGCGGAAACGACACCGUCGCUAUUACCUUCGCUGGGUUCAACCAGGACCUUGGGAUCGUCGCGGUGGGAGGUGUCACUUACUUUGAGUUUAAGGAGCAAACUCCAAACCUGCGCUAG